AUGGAGAGCCAGCCGCAAGCGCAGCCCUCAAUAGGUUCAGUAGUACCGACGGUCGCGAACACUUAUCAGGUCGAAACGUCCAUUGGCACGGCGACAGACACCAAGGAUGCCCAGCAAGGAAUCGCGACGCCGGCCGGCGCCCAACAACAACAAGAUCAAGAUGACUAUUGGGCUCAGAGGGUGGUAUCAGAUGGCCUUGUAAAAGGUGUCGUUUUCGAGUGGUUUCAAGACCUGACUAGGCGUAUUGCAAGCGUUGAGGGGAAGAUACAGGAAAACGCAACCCAGGAGGCCACCAAUGGCAUCGAACCAGCUCAAGAUGCAACUCUGCAGACCAUGAAGAGAGUUCCCGAGGUAAGGGAAUGUAAUUGGGAGCAGUUUAAAAACAGAUACCAUCCGGAGCAAGGUGUCCCAGCCAUUGAGACGCUUGUUGCGGACCAGGGCCUAGAUCGAGAAAUGGAAGAGGAGCAGCUCAGGCGCCUUGAUUCGGAUGCCAAAAACACCUUUCUGGCCGGCAAGAGCAAUCUCUCCGCCACGAGAACGCAAGCAAAUCAGAAAGUAGUCGACCACCGGAUCGAGCGCAUCCGCAUUAACUCCAGUGCCGUCAUGUCGCUGCUCGCAGAGGUCACGGGGCAGCCGACGUGGAGGAGCGACCAGCCGCACGUCUUCUUCAGUCCUUUCAAGGUCCCCAUUUUCUUCCACGAAAAAAUGGAGAAGGAACUCGAAAGACUCGGGACAGCUCUCUCUGGAGACUCGACCGAGGUUGCAGAGGGGGUACCGGUCCCGAAACUCGAAGGACCUGUCGACCCAAGACCUGCUGGCACCACGUCAACUGCCCAUCAAGCCUAUAUGGAAAUCAAGUGUUAUGUGGAUUUUGUGAGAAACCGACUUGUGCCAAACUAUCACAAGUUUGACGCCCAGAAUCACGAAACGCGCACCAAGAUUCAUUUCAGUGAGCUCUGGUCGCUCUUUCGUUUAGGUGAAGUAGCGGUCGAGCGACAGCAAGAUGGCGUUGACCAGAAACGAAAUCAGGAACCAAAGCAGGAGAGAAGAGGGACAAAGCACGCCUCCGAGCGCCGGAUAUGGAAGGUUUUCACCCUUGACAACCCAGUCGUCGAUUGGAAGGUCGAUAACCUCGAUGCUGCAGGCAGCACGCUUCGGGGCGACCGUGAAUUCGAUGGCGAGAAGGACUUCUUGGUACAGGCAUACCGGCUGGACUACGAUGGAACAAGAUACUCGACCGUUCCGAGGUACUUUUGGAUCUCGCCGUUUGCGGGUGAGAAGGACAUUACUAAACUGCCAAUAUACCCACUGCGGUUCCAGAAAGACCCCGAGGCUCUGAUGAACCGCUUGCAGAAGAGAGGAGAGAAAUUCCAGAAGCUCAUAAGCUAUGAGCAUCAUGCUAUCGAGCACGACGGGUGGACACUUCUGGAUGACCCAUCUGGGGACCCAAUCCCCAACCCGGGUGGCAUUGAAAGACUAGUCGCCGCCCAUAUAGACAGCAACGUGAUCAUCGACUUUGCCGAAGGAUAUCAGUGGGCUCCGUCCUGGAAACCGGAUUUCAGGACAUAUAUGAAUGAUGUGUGGUCCCCUUCCGUCAACCACGACAAAUUUCCCAUUAUUCAAUGGUCAGGACCAGACCGCACGCGGGAAAUAUUCCGCGUCACAGAGACCGUCAUCGAGGACGACAAUGUAAACGAGCUGCAGUGGCAGGUGCUCGCAGAGAAGGACGAUUACAUUGUGGACCGUGAUCAGCGCGCAGAGCGAGAUGGUGGUCACGAAGGUGAGGAAGAUAAGCAGGUCCUCACGGACGAAAAUCUGGCCCUACUGCCCGGGCGGCUGGUGGCGUACUCUCUUCGUGACCGGUUCUUCACCAAUGUCGACAUCAACGCGUGCAAGAUACCAGCAGAUAUUCCCGAUCCGUUCGCCGACCUGAAGAUCGACCCUGCGGACAAGACCCUCAUUCGCUCCGUCGUCCAUGAUCAUUUUGAGAAGAAGCGCGUUCACAGGCAGCUCCAAGCAAAGGGUGAAGGGGCCCUGGAACAAGAUUUUAUCCCGGGUAAAGGCAAAGGCUUGAUCAUCCUGCUCCACGGGCCGCCGGGUGUUGGGAAGACUGCUACCGCAGAAGCCGUGGCGUAUGCCCACAACAAGCCGCUGUUUCCCAUUACCUGUGGUGACCUGGGUAUUGAUUCAAAUACUGUUGAAGAAAGACUUUCCAAGAUCUUCCGGCUCGCUAACACGUGGGACUGCGUUCUUCUGUUGGACGAGGCGGACAUCUUCCUAUCCCGACGCGAGAAGAUGGACGACAGUUUGCAACGGAACGCUUUGGUAUCUGUCUUCCUGCGGGCACUCGAGUACUAUCCAGGCGUCUUGUUCUUGACUACCAACAGAGUUGGUGUCCUUGACGAAGCAUUGAGCUCGCGAGUGCAUAUUAGUAUCUUCUUCAAACAUCUCAGCUUCGCACAGACGCACGAGCUAUUCCAGAACAACCUGGCGCGCGCUAGAUUGAUUGCUGAACAGCGAGCAGAGGUUCACAAGGAGCCGCCCUUGACCCUCAAAGACCAGGAGAUUAUCAGCUUCGCCAUGGAGCGGUACGAAACAAGUCGGCAGGUCAACCCCAACGCACCAUGGUGGAAUGGUCGUCAAAUUCGCAAUGCCUUCCAGAUCGCUACUUCGCUGGCCUAUGCAUCACCGCCGGAUCACCCAGAGACAGGUCAGAGGUCCCUAGGUCGCGUGCACUUUGAGCAGAUCCACUCCGCCAUAAAGGACUUUACCGACUACCGGGUGGGUGUGCAUCGCAAGAACGAGGAUGAGAUUGCCCAUGAGCGAGCGGAGAGAGCGCCUGCCCGGGAGGCGAGGCCGGCGCACAGGCGAUAUGACAGCCGCCAAGAGUCGGCUCGAUCUCCCUCGCCCAUGCGAUUCACGCAAUCGCAGUUUCAAGCCCAUACCAGCACCAUGAUCACACCGGAGAGGUCGGGCGGAGGGGACUUUUACAGCCCAGCAGCGCCAGACAGCGCCAGAUACAUCGCCAGCACGCCGUCUCGCCUCCCCAGCGAACUGUCGUCAUUCGUACCUGGAUACAAGCAGCCGCCUCAGGGAGGCUAUGGAGCCCAUGGACCCGAGCAUUUACUGCCCCCGGAUGCUCACAACACGCGCACAUACAGCGGGAACCAGUAUUCGAGCUAUCGAGCUCAGGAGCAGGAGGUUCACCCCGGACGUCACAAUCUGGGUGAUAUGUAG